GGCCGGAUCCAUGUCGGGCUCAUCUGGGGCAUGAGCUGUAUAAAUCCGCAGCCCCGCUCACGCCGCCGCGCAGAAACCCUAGCCUCCGCCCCCCGCCGCCGCCAGUCAUCCCCUUCCUCCUCGGGCUCGCUCUCCCUCCCUCGUCGAUCCAGGAUGAAGUUUGUUGCUGCCUAUCUGCUUGCUGUCCUCGCUGGCAACCCCAGCCCCUCUGCGGAGGAUUUGUCGGCCAUCCUGGAGUCCGUUGGCUGUGAAAUUGACAAUGAAAAGAUGGAGCUCCUGCUGUCCCAACUGAGUGGGAAGGACAUUACUGAGCUCAUCGCUGCAGGCAGGGAGAAGUUUGCUUCCGUCCCAUGCGGCGGUGGUGGUGUGGCUGUCGCAGCAGCUGCCCCAGCUGCUGGUGGAGCUGCUCCUGCGGCUGAGGCGAAGAAGGAAGAGAAGGUGGAGGAGAAGGAAGAAAGCGAUGAUGACAUGGGCUUCAGCCUCUUCGACUAGGCUCGUGCAGUUAUCAGAGUUGUCUUUUGGUCAGAAAAAAUCAAGAGUCAUGAUGUUUGGAUUUCAACCAUGUUUUAUUUUGCUAAUCACCGGAACAACUGUUGCUGUCUUGAAUCUUGAUAUGUAGUAAUUCAGAUGUAGGUUACUAUGCUGGUUGGGGUUUACUGCUGAACCAGAGUUUUCACUAUCCUAUAUAUCAGAUGAAUGAAUUGGUUGCCCAAAAGUUUCUUUGCUGUU